UGAGAUCUUGUCUGCAUUAUGUUAAAGAACCCCAUGAAGUUAGAAAACAAAGUAGUAGGCAUAUGUCUUCCUUCUCCUGGUGAAAUCAAUGAGUUUUGCUGAUGAUUUCAGCAUAUGGGGUGACUAGACCCUGAUCCAGAAAAGCAAGUUAUGCCCGUGAUCAUGUGCUUUACUGAAUUGGGCCCUUAAUGUGGUGGAUCAUUUCCCAUUUUGCACUGCUGUAGUUAAAGCUCUCUGCUUUGAAAUAAAUAGUGAGUUGUCCUUAAAAAUCUGAUAGUACAAUACGGCCUGUUAUCGCUAAGUCAAGGAACAGAGCCUCAGCCAUGGAACUAUUUCUUUUUACCAACUCAGUAGGGAAACUGCUCUGCCUGUUUAUAAGCUAUACAAAUGUAAACAGUGACUUAAAGUAAUAUGUUUAGGACUUCUGAUUUGUAGCUUUACCUUAAAAAAAAUGACUGGAUAAAAGAAAACAUGAAAAUGACAGAGAGAGAUCUUAAACCAAGCACUGCAUUUGAAGGGUAUAUUUUAAUUUACCCCCUGUCUCACAUUGAGGUCCAGUCCUGCAAGGUGCUGAGUUCAUUCUGCUCCCCUUUAUCUUACAGGGCAUUCAGGGUACUGAGCCCCUUCCAGGGUGAUGGAACAUUAUUUAGCCCUGAUCCUGCAAACCUGUAAGUAGCCCCAUUAAUGUCAUUGGGACUACACAUGUGAAUAAAGUUAAGCAAGUGUUAACAGAAUUAAGGCCCAAUCCAGCAAACCCUCAUGUGAACAGUCCCAGGGGGCUAUUGGAGUUCAGGCCCUUUGUGGGGAUAUAUAUUUACUGGAUUGGAAUGGCAGGUUACAAUUGCCUUAAGAAAGUCAUUCCUUUGAGGCUAAUUGAAACUGAGAAUGUUCAGCACCUUGCAGGACUGGAUCCCCUCAGUCUAGGACACAGGAAGGAGAUGAAAAGAUACCCUGCAAGUACAGCAGCUAGUUUUCACAUCUCAAUACAUUUGCCAUUCUCAUUCUGCCAAAUCGUAGAUGAUUGUGCUGGAAGGAAGACUUACAAAAUAGACUGUAAUUUGUAGUGGCUCCUUGAAAACCAUUGCCCUUGACUGUGUAAAAUAUCUACCUUUUAAAAAGUGCCUAACUAUCGAUUUGUGGAAAAAUGUGACCUCUUUUUCAGAGCCAUUAAUUACAGUUUAUCAGGUAGCUAAACCACCCUUUCAGAUAUACACCCAUAGCACAGAAAAUUCACCUAUCAAAACAUGCAUUUAACUAGGUAAAGAAUAAAUGUAAUUAUUCAAAAUAUGUCUCUCUGUGACCCAAGAUAUGUACUUCCCUGGGAGAUGAAGUCAUUCCUGUCCUACACAAAUCUGAUCCAAAGCCCACUGAAGUCCAGACUCCUCCUGAUGCUAGAAGGACUUCCAUUGACUUCGGCAGGCUUUGGGUCAGGCCCUAAAUCAUUUAAUUUUAUCAUUUUCCCUCGGAGUGCUUGUGCUUUUAAAAACAAACAAGGACAUUUUUUAAAAGGUUUAAAUAACAUCAAGGUUCUGUCUCAAACUGAUAAAAGGCAAGACUUUCAAAAUCAAGUUUGAUGGCAUCAUUAGCUCACACUUACAUUUUCCCAUCAAGUUGAAAUCAAUCAAAGUGUCCUCUUUCAUGUGGCAUGUCUUGGUUUAUGUUGGUUUGAGACAGGCUCUUUCUGUAUUAUUUGAACAUCUAUCUUAAAUGUAAUAAUCUUUAUCAUGAACAAACUGUUGCUUGUUGAUACUGCCAAAUGCAUUACUUAUUUCCCGUUAUGUUGUUUAAAACAUUUCUGUCAGCCCAGGUCCUGCUGUGACAGGUGAGCACAUCACAAAAUCCACUUCUGAGUUGGCAUCUGUGCUUGUGGUAUAAGUAGAAAGUCCAGUGGUUGGCUGGGAUGAGGGCGUUCACUCCCUCAGCUCAGGAUUGAGGUGGUGUGAGGACAGCCUGGCACAUGCUGCUGCUGCUCAUGCCAUCCCAGUGUCAAUAAGACUUCAAUCUCUGGGCCAUUCAAUCUGGCAACUUUCUCAAUUACUAAAUGUACUAUGCUCUUCUUGAGAAUAGUAGCAAUACAGACCAAAAAUUCAGUUGGACUUGUAAAGAUAAAUGUUUAUUUUGUUCUUUUGCUACUGAACAGUCUUCAUUGACUCUACUUGGUUAAAUAUUGAUUGUCACCUACACGUUGUAUGUCAGUGGUAACUACUCAAAUAGGUCCAGUGGGUCCUGCACCAUUCAUGGCAGAACAACAUGCAUAAUCCAACUCAAGGUUCACAAGUGAAGUAACCAUGAUAGCCCCUCCCUUUAAUGAAAGAAGGAUAGAUGGGUGUAGGACUCAAAUGAGUUUAAUAGAAAACAAACUACAGUGCCAGUAAAACAAAAAGAGGUGCUCAGUGUAGUUAGCAGCAGUGUGGAAAGCUGGUUAAUAAAGAGGUCAACCUUUUAUGUCUUAGUAGAAGACAUUGGUGCAAACUGAAUGUGCCUGCAUGUAAGAAGGGGCAGGAUUCGGCAGGGAAAUUCAAGCUGUGGUGACCAUUCUGUCGCUUAAUAGCUUUGUAUUCAGAAGCAAGAAGUUCAACCAAAUAUGAUCUCCAUUCCAUCCUGAAGUAGCUCCUCUUCUUUAAAGUUCAUGAUCUGUAACUGCUGGCUUCUGAUCAUUAGCUCCAGCGAUGUACCAAAUGUUUUCUAGCAUAGCCCGUCGUUAGCUGAAAUAUCGGUGUUGUCAAAUUUGUGUGUAAAUACGACUCAUAAAUGAUUUCUGAGAGAUGUGACUUAUUUUUCAAAAUGCAUUCCAUUUCAAAUAAAGAGGUAUCUGUUGAAAUGAAUUGGUGCCAUGUUGAAGGAACUAUCCUUUGGGGCUAUAGCUUCUUAGCUUACAAAGGUUUAAGGGGCUGAUCUAGAGCCCACUAAAGUUAAUGAAAGUCUUUUUCAUUGACUUCAAUAGGCUCUAGAAGAGGCUUGUGGGUUGUUGUUGUUUUUUUUAAAGAAAACAUGAGUUCAAAACAACUAUUUACAUAGAGCUUUCCUAAAAGAACGGCUGAUUGAAUUACCAGUGUCAUCCAGUAACUUUUCUACAUACAGCACAGUUGUAAGGUGUUAGGUCUUGUAGCUUGUGCAUGGGUGGACUGCUCUUUGAUUUCAGUGGGGCUCUGCCUGGCACAGGAGUUCACCCACAUGCAACAAGUUGCAGGACAGAGGCCUCCUCAGACUGUAUCUUUAUCAGUGAGCGUGGUGAUCUCUAUGGAUGAGGUAGAGAAGCUGGGUAAGAGUCUAAAGAGCAGCAUGAGAUUUGCCUUGUUGCUCUUCUAUCAGCAUCUAAAAGCCUCUGAUGGAAUUUCAAGUAACCUUUAAGUAGCCCGGAAAGGACACUUCAAACAUUAGGAGUAUCCGCUUACAACAGCACUUGUUCCUUAUACGUGACAAGGAAUGAUGUGUGAAAAGAAGAAUGUGCAACUGCCACUGUUGCUUUUGGAGUCUCUGUGGAAUGAUAAGUCUUCAGGUGUGUCGAGCUGCCUCAGUGAAGUUAAGCUGCGUUACAAUGACCUUUGAUAUUUAGCACUACCACUUAUAUUAAGUUCAGUGGCACCAUUCGUUCUCUGGCUCUCUCGUAAGUAUAUAUAACAACACACAUUUGCCAGUCUUUUAUUUGAGAGUCACUAAAAAUAUCUGCUCUAAUGUGUAUUUCAAGAGUUGUUCAGGCCAAAAUUUUCAACUAUAGGUGCCUAAAGUGUAAGCACUUUGAUCCAUAAACAACUUUAUUUUUAGAGGUGCCAAGUACUCGCUUCUCCCUCUGAGCCGCUGGUGCCCAGCUACUUCUAAAAAUCAGGCCACUUUUAAUUAGGUGUCUGUAGAUUUAGUUGCUUAAAUGUUAAGCUCCUAAGGUUGAGAAUGUUGCUCGCAGCUUUUAAAGGGUGAUAUCAAUUAUUACCUUGUAAUUGUAGCUUGAAAAACAUGUAAAGAAAAAUAUUUAACAACAAGGAAUAGGAAUACAUAAUAAAAGAAGAGUUUUGAAAAGAAGCUCAAUCUAUUAGCUUGACAAAGAGAAGGUUAAGGGGUGACUUGUCAUAGUAUCUACCUGGGCUACAAAUAUUUGAUGCUAGGUUCUUCAGUCUAGCAGACAAAGGUAUAACAAGAGCCAAUGGCUGGCAGUCAAAGCUAGACAUAUUGUUAACAGCCAGGAUUAUUAACCAUUAAAACAAUUUACCAAGGAUCGCUCAUGAUGGAUUUUCCAUCAGUAGCAAUUUUUAAAGCAAGAUUGGCUGUUUUUCUAAAAGAUCUGCUCUGGUUCAAAUAGAAAUUAUUUUGGGGAAGUCCUAUGGCCUGGGUCAUGCAGAAGGUCAAACUAGAUGAUCCCAGCAAUUCCUUCUGGCCUUAAAAUCUAUGAAUAAUUUGUCAUUUUCAGUCUUUCCUCUAAAGAUGACAUCAAACUCUGCGUGUAGGGCACCACUUACAAGAUCUAUGCCCACGUGAGUCCUAUGUAAGUCCUAUCAUGCUGCCUUGGGUCAGACUUCAGUGGUAGAAAGGCCUUGUGUGGGCAUUGUGCACAGAAGUGAAGUUCAUCCUAUGUGAAUUGGGCUGUUGUCUUCCUCCGUAGGGGCAAUCAUUUUAAUAAUGCCUUCAAGAGAGAGUUUACUUUGAUGUAAAGUAAGAUGGAAAGAACAUUAGGAAUCAUUGCAAGAUGAUAAGGUAGGACUUAUUGGCUUGAUCUGAAACCCUCUGAAUUCAAUGGGAAUCUUUCCAUUGACUAAAAUAGACUUUGGCUCAAGCCCCAUAGGCAGACUUUUGGUGUUGUGCAUGAAUGCAUAUAUACAUUUAAUUCUUUUUAUUUGUGUGUUUUUUGUUUUGGUUUGUUUAGUUCUUUUGUGUGAUCUUAAAAUAUUAAACCAUGACUGAAUUUAGAACAGUGACACUUUGAUUCCUAAAUGCUUUCACUAUCACUUUGCCAUUGUUGUGAAAAUGGUGGCUUUCCUUUUUUAAAACAUGACACUUUCCCCAUGAUUUACUCGUUUGCAAUUAGAUUGCUGUGAUGAGAAUAACUUUAAUUAUUCUGGGGUUUUGCUUUCAAUUUCUACAGUAAAACUUGGACAAAGAUCGUUGGAACAUGAAAUGACUUGUGUUGUUUUCUAAGGGCUUGGCUACGCUUGAGAGUUAGUGUGCAAUAAAGGAGCCCCGUUCACACUAGCUCACUUCCUGGCCACACUGGCAAGGCAUGUAGAAUGCCCGGACUCCAUGGCUGGAGCUCUCCUGGUACUCCACCUCGGUGAGUGGAAUAAUGUUUGCUGCGCCCCCACUGGAGUACCGCAGCGCCAGUGUGGACGACCUAUCCUGUUAAUGUGCUCUGAUCGGCCUCCAGAAGUGUCCCACAAUGCCUGUUCUAGCCACUCUGGUCACCACUUUGAACUCUACUGACCUGCCCUCACGUGACCAACCAUCAGACCCACCCUUUAAAUUCUCUGGGAAUUUUGAAAAUCCCCUUCCUGUUUGCUCAGCCAGGCAUGGAGUGCUAUCAGCGAAUCUUUCCAGGUGACCAUGCCUCCAUGCACCAGGCGAGCCCCAGUAUGGAGCAAUGGCGAGGUGCUGGACUUCAUCAGUGUUUUGGGGGAGGAAGCUGUCCAGUCCCAGCUGAGCUCCAGCUGUAGAAAUUAUGAUCCCUUCGGGCAGAUAUCAAGGGACAUGAUGGAAAGGGGCCAUGACCAGGACGCACUGCAAUGCAGGAUUAAAGUGAAGGAGCUGCAGAAUGCCUACCGCAAAGUCCAUGAGGCAAACAACUGCUCCGGUGCUGCCCCUGCGAUGUGCCAUUUCUACAAAGAGCUGGACGCGAUACUUAGGAGUGACCCCACCUCCACUCCGAGUUCUACCAAGGACACUUCAGAGCCCAGUUCAACAAGGCAGGAGGAGGAGGAGGAGGUGGAGGAGCAAAGCGGGAGUGAGUGUGCUGAGGCAGAGGAAGGCACCCCAGAAUCCCUAGAUGCAUGCAGCCAGGAGCUGUUCUCAAGCCAGGAGGAAGGUAGCCAGUCGUGGCAGCCAGUGCUUGGGAAUGGACAAACACCAGAGGAGGUUACCGAUGCAACUUUGAGAUCUCAGCCGUCUGUGUUAUCACCGUCCGAAAGACUCCAAAGAAUCAGAAUGAGGCCACAUAGAAGCAAGGAAGACAUGUUGCAUGAAGUAAUGCAGCAUUCAAGUAAUGAGAAUCAAAAAGUGCAGGAGUGGUGGGAGAGUGAAAGGAGGAUCUGCCAGCAGAACGAUGAGCACCGACACAAAAGCGUGGUGCUCCGGCAGAAAAGCACAGAUCGGCUGAUAAGCAUACGGAUCGCCAAGCAGACUCUAUCCAGGCGCUCGUAGCCAUGCUGGCAGAGCACUACCGCGCCUGUCCCACCCUGCAGCCCUUGUCCCAAAACUCUUUCCCUUGUGCCCCCAUUUCACUUCCAACCCACUGUCCCCAACAUCCGGGUUCUUAUCACCACCAGCUGCCUCCAACACCUGUAGCUUCACCACCCAGCCCUGAAAACUAUGACCCUUACUCACUGCACUCAACCCCAAUCACAAUGCAGUAUAGGCAUCCUAAAGUGCAACACUCAUUGCACAGCACUCCAGACAGCACAUAUGCAUAUCUGUGAUUGUACCAUACCCCACCCCACCCCCUUGCCCUUUCUGUUU